AUUAAUUUUUUCAAUAAAAAAAAAUUCUAAAAAUUGUUAAAUGUCGGCUAAUUUAAUUUUCACUAAAAUUACACCACGUGGAUAACAUCUAUUUAUCUAUUGACAAAUAAAUAGUAAGACCAGUGGCGCCCUUUUGAAUUUAAUUCAAUCCUCCACACUACUGGCAGCGGAACAGCUGUUUCGUGUCAAUUGCACUUGCUUGUUCACUUUACGUGUCAUCUUAUUGUUAACUGUAUAUUGUAUAUAUAAGAUGGCUUAGCAAGUGAUUAUUUAUACACACAUAUAUAUAUGGGGAUAUAUUUUUUAUAUUUAAUAAAUAUCACAGUAGUUACAUUACAUGCGGUGAAGAUAACUAUCAAGUUCUUGAGAACUUGCUAAAAUGUUGUCAGCGUUCAAAAGAUUGGCUGGUAAGCACGAUGGGGUUGUUAACACAUCACCUAGACCUGCUCAUCAAUCAAUGCCAACGACAUUGCAGAGAAAAUUUUCUAAAGGAGUCCAAUAUAACAUGAAAAUAAUCAUCAAGGGUGAUAGAAAUGUUGGUAAAACAUGUUUAUUCCAUAGACUGCAGGGCCAAAAAUUUACAGAAGAAUACAUUCCAACGGAAGAAAUCCAAGUAACAAGCAUACAAUGGAACUAUAAAACCACAGACGAUGUCGUGAAAGUAGAAGUGUGGGACGUAGUUGACCGUGGAAGGCGUAGGCGAAAGUUAGACGGCUUAAAAAUGGACAACGCUCCAUCAGACGCGAUUAUCGAAGAGCCAGCACUCGACGCAGAAUUCCUAGACGUCUACAAGGGGACCAACGGCGUGAUCGUGAUGCUGGACGUCACAAAAUCCUGGACAUUUGACUACGUGCAGCGUGAGCUGCCCAAAAUUCCCGAUCACAUCCCCGUAAUAGUCCUCGGGAAUCAUUGCGACAUGUCUCACCACCGUACAGUCACCGCGGAUCGCGUAACUUAUUUUAUCGAUUCUCUGACUGAAAGAACCGCUCAAGUGCGUUACGCCGAGUCUUCGAUGCGUAAUGGUUUCGGAUUAAAAUUGCUGCACAAAUUUUUCAACCUUCCAUUCCUGCAGCUGCAACGCGAGACACUGUUGAAGCAACUUGAGACGAAUGAAGAAGAAACCCAGCUUACUAGUCAGGAGUUGGAUUUGUUUCAAGAGAGCGACGACGCUGAUUACGAUAAAUUUUUGGACAAUCUUGUAAAUCGGCGACGUGCUGUCGCUGAAUCUGUAUCAGCAAACAUUCUAGUCCCAAAUGUAACGUCAUCAUUGAGCACACACCACGCAUUGUCUUCCAGUAAUAGUAAUAAUAAUUUUAACGAUGUUAGAAGAUCUAAUUCAAUGCCUGGACCGAUUGGUGGUGGUACUCCUAUUCCUGUUAAAUCUUUUGAGGCCAAAGUAAUACCAAAAAAAGAAACCAAGACGGAUUAUAAUGGGAAAAAUUUAUCUUCUGUAAAACCAGAUUCAAUUUCUGAUGAUAGAAAAGAAAAACAGCAAAAUUUUGUCGCUAAAAUUCUUGCUGGUGGAAAAAAAGAUGAUGUUCCAACAAUAACAACAAUAAAUUUAACUAAUGCAGCUAAUAAUAAAAAUUCUUCUCCGCUAGCAAGCGUUGAAGACUUUGUUCCGGAUGAUGGAAUGUUAGAUAGGUCUUUUUUGGACGACAAUAAUCAGUCACCUCAAAAAACUCAGGCUAGUAGUAAUGUAGUUGAUACAGAUAGUGAGACAGAGACUGCUAACCCACUUGUUGCUGGGUAUGAAGACGAUCUUUCGUCGGCUGAUGACGAUCAUUCCGUUCCUGUAGAACCAAGACUUGCUGAGAAUCCUUUGAGCAAGUCUAAAAAGCGAGAUCGUGAUGCUGGUUCUUUAAUUGAGGAUAAAAAAAUAAUUCCUUCGGAAAAACGCGACUCGAUAUCGUCCAGUGAAGAGCUCCAGAUCUCAAAUGGAGAUUUUGGGUCGCUGGAUCACCAGGAUGGAAAUUCAGACAGGUUUAAUAGUUGGUUGAGUCGGGACUCCAAGUGGCGGCAGAGCCCCGAGGGUGGCGAAGAUGUUAGUAGCACUGGAACCAGAAAAGAUAAAUUGGAUGUCAGUGAUAAGAGUCUAGAUGUCAGUGUUACUAGUUCUAAUGUCCAUUUGGAGCUGCUGGAUAAUUCGAGCGUUAGGCAAAAUUAUGCUUAUGCUAAUUCUAAUUCUAAUAGUCCGGUGAUGAAGGAGAAGAAGAAGAGGGAUAAGGGCGAGGAUAAAGAGAAGAGGAAGAAGAAGAAAAGUAAAGAUAAGAGCAAGGAUAAGGAUAAGGGGGAUAAGACCGAGAGGAGGAAGAAACGAUCGCAGAGAAAGGAUGAGGAUGAGGGGAAGGAUGAGCUUGAAGAGUUUUUAAAUGGACCUGCUUCGCGACCAUCUAUUGAUAUGGCUUAUGAAGCUUUGUAAGGAAAAGAUUUAAAAGCUUCGACUUCCAGUUAUAAAGUUGUUUAUAAAAUAGCUUGUGUUGUUUAUGCCAUGGUCUAUAAUCGAUUAUUAAAUUAUUGUAAUGACUUAUUGACGGAUGAACCCUCGAUUAAGUUACUCGAGAUAAACAAUAAUAAUGAUAAUUAAUCCCGGAAAUAAUAGACAAAAUGAUUUUAAAGUUAUGAAAAAUUUAUAUUAUUUUAUUAUAAUUAUUAUAAAAUAAAAAUAAAAAUAAUAAUAAUUAAUAAUAAAGAAGAUAAACAAAUCGCGUACCUAAUUCCAAAAUGGCGUAUUACAGCAGUUUGAUAGUGUUUCAUGCCAAAAGGACGUAUGAAAAAAUUUUUUUUGCCAUUCUUUUUAGAAUCGCUCGAAACAUAAAGAUCUGUA